UUGUGUAAGUCUAAUUAACAAAAUCCGACAUGCCAUCGUUUCGUGACGAUAUCAUCCCUGGAGAAUCCUCGAACGCCAUAUCGAAUCUCAGCAACAUCUCAAACAUGGUGCCGCACUACAAUCAGACGAGCCUUACGUAUCGCCAACAGCAGCAACAGGUCGCUGAUAAUCAACAGCAACAUCAAUUGAUAAUGCAACAAGCGCAUCAGCAAACACCGGCGCAACAGGCGGUCCAACCGCACGCCGCGGUUGCGGUUGCGGCUCCCGCUGCCAUUGAAGGGACCCAAUACUGGUACGGCUAUUCAUCUAGAGCCAUACCCGCGACACCGGCGUUGCAUCCUCAGCAUCAGCCAAGUCCGAUUCCUCCGCAGUUUUUUAACCACCCGGAAAUGCUACCCGGGUGGCACUACACGACUCAGUACUCGCCGUACAUACAGUAUCAACCGCAACAUCUACAUUUUCAAACGCAAUCGCAAUCGCAACAUCAGACACAGGAACAGCUGGAGCAACAUUCGCCGUCUGAACAACGCAUCCAGCAACACAUGCCACAGCCACAUCUGCAACAGAGCUCACCGUCAGAACAGCUCUAUCAGCACUCGUCUCCGCAGCAGCACCUCCACAAUUCGCCGCCCCAACAGGUCUGUCAGCAGCACUCGUCACCGCCACAUCAUUUGCAACAAAGUUCGCCGCCUCAACAAAUUUGUCAGCAACACGGUCAACAACUUACUACAUCAUCGCCGCAAUUACAAAACUCUCCGCCGCAACAACAUAAUAAUCAACAGCCAAAUCAAUUGCCACAGCAGCGUAUUCAACAACGGUUACCAAAACGCCAGCUGCCGGAAAGUUCGCCGCCGCAGUUCUUCCAACAAAAUUCACCGCCGCAAUAUCUACAGUCACAAAUACCGUCGAGGGAACAGGAAUACGAAAUUUCUUACAGACAACGGAUGUUGAAAUGGGGCAUUAGAAACAUAAAUAUCGACAUGGCGAUCCGCAAUCAAUAUUCAUCAACUACCGCGAGAAUGAACGGCAUCGUGGACGGCAAUAUGAACGGCAGUGUGAAUGGCAGCCUAAACGGUAGCAUGAACGGAAGUAAUCACAGCACCAACAGCACUUCUCCUACAACGCCGCCUAAUUUUCAUGUUGAGUCGUCAUACGGCGACUUGUCCUGUACAUCUCGCAACAUGAAUCUAUCGGCCACAUCCGGCAAUAUAAACCUGCUACCUACAGGCAUGAACCUGCCGUCGACAUCUCGAGAUAUACCCUCGACAUCUCGAGAUAUGCCGUCCACAUCGAGAGACAUGCCGUCCGCACCCAGAGAGGUAUCGUCCACAAGACGUCACCAAUUAUACACAUCCCAUAGAAUUCAGGGAAGAAGGAGCCCGUACGAGUGGAUGAAAAGACCGUCGUAUCAGAGUCAACCUAAACCAGGGAAGACUCGCACAAAAGACAAAUACCGAGUGGUCUACACGGACUAUCAAAGGCUAGAGUUGGAAAAAGAAUUUCAUAUGAAUCACUACACCACUAUCAAACGGAAAGCGGAUCUCGCCGCUCAGCUCGGUCUCACGGAGCGUCAGAUAAAGAUCUGGUUUCAAAACCGACGGGCGAAGGAGCGGAAAUUGAUGAAGAAGCAGCAGGAGCAAUUGAGAGAGCGGCAGAUGAGAGCGCAAGACGUUGUGGCGGCGGCCGCGGCGGCGGCGGCGGCGGCGGCGGCCUCCACUACGGUGGAGGUGGUUGCCGGUGGUAUGAUGGGUUAUGCCACCGCCGGAACGGAGAUGGGUGGGAUGCUGGGCGGUCUGAUGCAGACCAACGAGAGCACCUCCUCCGCACCGCUUUCAACGCCGACGACGUCGACGUCUCUACCUACACCUCUACCCACGUCUCUGCCCACGUCGCAGCCUACGUCGCAAUCCGCGUCGCUACCCACGACACUGCCUAUGCAAUACCCGGGCCAUUCUAAUCCGAUGUGAAGGGAUAUGCUCUUCGUUGCCGAGGGGAUUCCGCGAACUCUCCCCGGAACGGACUCACGAGACACGGGAUGACGGGAAAGCGGGGUGGUGAGGUAUAUCUACCGUCUAUCACUUCGAACACACACACAACGUACAAAGAGUUUGCAAAUAGAUAAACGAAUGGACGCCGCGUAAUAUAUGUAAUUAUAUGGGACGCGUAAGAUAAAUUAAAUGUAGCUCGCACAUGAUACACACAACGGGUCUGUGAUAAACGACCGUUGUUAAACGGAUCGUUCGUGGAAAUUGCAGAUCGUGGAAAACGCUUUGAUCUCACUAUAACUUCCGUCGGCUUCACAUAUCCACGGCGAUCCCCGUUAAUAUGACGGUCGUGCUUUCGAUAUUUUACGUUCUACCGUUACGCUCGACCGUUUGAUUCCGCAAGAGCCUGAAGCCGGAAGUAAAUAUCGAAUGCGGACUACAUGAAUGCAUUUGGCAAUUCCGAGUGGAAUCUAAAUGUACUCGCAUCGUGCAUCUAGAUAUUCAUGCAGUCUGCUAUACGAUCGUGUUUUCGUAAUUGUACCUGGAUAUUAGAGGGGAGAAUUGAGGGGGAAAGGAAUUAAAAAUAGAGAUAUUUGUUUGACUAUCCCGAUAAUAGGGGGAUCCCGACCGUCUGGCGCGAAUCAAGAAUUGUCGCGCAUAGUCUGAACGUUAGUUUUAAGAUAGAGACAGUAGUAUCCGAAAAUAGUCGAGUUAUCCAAACAAGUAUUAUUAACUCUUUAACUGCGGCAUGCAAAGGAGCUUUAUUGUGAGUAAUUUACAGAGAAAAGUACGCCACAAUUAUAUCAUUGCAUUUAUUUUGCAUCAGCACGAAAUUCGACGUCGUAAAUUAAUUGCGAGAAGCGUCGUAAGUUUUACUUGCCUUCACUGCAGCACACUGUAUCGC